CAAAGGUUGGAAUUAGGGGUUAAAUCACCAAAUGAUUCCCGAGCGCGGCAACCGCUGCUGCUCACUGCUCCCCUCACCUCCCAGGGGUCAAAUGCAGAGGGUAAGUUUACCCCCCCUCGUGGUACUUUAACUUUAAUUAGCAUGUUAUUAACAGUCAAAUUUAUUGUCCAUUCUUCACAUGUACAAGACAUAACUUGACUGGCCUGCACAGAGUCCUGACCUGAACCCGAUCGAACACCUUUGGGAUGAAUUAGAACGGAGACAGAGAGCCAGGCCUUCUCGACCAACAUCCGUGUGUGACCUCACCAAUGCGCUUUUGGAAGAAUGGUGGAAAAUUCCUAUUAACGCACCCCGCAACCUUGUGGACAGCCUUCCCAGAAGAGUUGAAGCUGUAAUAGCUGCAAAAGAAACAAGCCAAAGGAGUGGGAUUCAAACAAGACGGCUGCGCGUCUGCCAUGUACACCGACUACAGAGCCAGCAGAGUUACAGGACUCAAUGCUCUGCCCUUUGAUUCGUCCUCCAACAACGACCCUCUCCACUUCAACAACACCAGCGGCUCGCGGCUGACCGAGUGUCCUCCUUUGGAAAGCUUGGCCGAAAACAGCAAGAAGCGGAAGCGAGCCAGCCUGCCUCAAGAGGUGAUCCAUAACAUGCCCAUGGAGUCCAGCUCCAUGUCGGACCCCAACGCCUGGGCUACGGCCAUGAACAAUCUGGGCAUGCCUCCAAUGGGCAUCACUGGGCAGCCGCUCAUGCCAGAUUUUGACCCCAGCCUGGGAAUGAUGGCGGGGAUCGCGCCCAACAACCCCAUGAUACCCGGCCUCGGCAUGGUGCCCCCGCCCCACGACUUCCCGUUCGUCAAGGAGAUAAUCCACUGCAAGAGCUGCACCCUCUUCCCGCCUAACCCCAGAACACCCAACUGCGCCCAAGACCCAACCUCCGGGCUGAGGAUUUUAGGUUGUCCUGAAGAAUUUGGAGACCUUCCACCUCCGGCCAUCAGAGACCGCCCUCCGGGCUGUAAGACGGUGUUUGUCGGCGGCCUGCCGGAGAACGCCACUGAGCAGCUCAUCAUGGAGGUGUUCGGACAGUGCACCGACAUCACCGCCAUCCGCAAGAGCAAGAAGAACUUCUGCCACAUUCGAUUCGCUGAGGAGUUCAUGGUGGACAAGGCCCUCUUCCUCUCCGGUUAUCGCAUCCGCCUGGGCUCCAGCACGGACAAGAAGGACACGGGCCGCCUCCACGUGGACUUCGCCCAGGCCAGGGACGACCUGUACGAGUGGGAGUGUUACCAGCGCAUGAUGGCCAGGGAGGAGCGCCACCGGCGAAGGAUGGAGGAGGAUCUCAUGCGACCGCCUUCGCCACCGCCCAUCGUGCACUUCUCGGAGCACGAGUGCAGCCAGCUGGGGGACAAGAUCAAAGACGACGGCAAGUUUGCCGAGGCGGUGCGGGUGCUGCUGGCGUGGCUGGAGCGCGGCGACGUCAAUCGGCGGAACGCCAACACCUUCUACUCCAUGAUCCAGUCGUCCAACAGUCACAUCCGCCGGCUGAUGAUGGAGAAGAGUCAGCACGAGAAGGAGGUGGAGGACGCCAAGGACAAGUUCAAGACGGCGCUGUCUGGCAUCCUGGCUCAGUUUGAGCAGAUUGUGUCUGUAUUCCAAGCCGCUUCCAAACAAAAGGCAUGGGACCAUUUCUCCAAAGCGCAGCGCAAGAACCUGGACGUGUGGCGCAAGCAAGCCGAGGAGGUCAGGAACAUGCACAACGAGCAGCUGAUGGACUUCCGGCGUGAGGAGGAGAUGGAGAUGUCUGACGACGACAUGGAGGAGUGCCCGGACAACUCUGAAGACUCAGGUGUGUCGCAGGUGGAGGCCCUGAAGGAGGAGAACGACUCGCUGCGCUGUCAGCUGGACGCCUACAGGAACGAGGUGGAGCUGCUGAAGCAAGAGCAGGGCAAGAACCAGCCGGUGAGGAGCGAGGAGGAGAGCACGCACAGCCAGCAGCUCAGUUUCCUGCAGCAGGCCCUGGCAGGCAUGCAGAAGCAACUGCUGAAGAUGAGGGAGGAAUUAAAAGAGCGGGAGGCCGAGCUGGACAAGAGUCUGGAGGACAAGCAGGAGCUCAACCAACAAGUCCAGAACCUCAAGGAAGGACUGCAAAAACUGCAGAUGACACAGCUGGAGGGAUCCGAUCAGGACGAGAGUGUCGGAGGCGAGGAAGCUGCCAAUCAAGCCAAUGAGCUGGUGUCCUGCACUCAGGAGAAGGAAGGUCCGACCGAGAAGAGGCAGAAAAGUCUGGUCCACUCAGAGAGGGAAGCUCUGCUCGUCGGGAUCAUUUCCACAUUCCUGCACGUGCACCCCUUCGGAGCCAGCAUCGAGUACAUCUGCUCCUACCUGCAGCGCUUGGACGCCAAGAUCAACACCGCCGAAGUGGAGGCUCUCCUCUCCAGGCUGCCGUGCACCUUCAAGCAGGAGCUGACGGGUGUGGGCGCCAGUCUGGAGAAGCGCUGGAACUUCUGCGGGUUCCAGGGCAUCAAGAGCCCAUAAGGGCGCGUGCGUGGAAGGGAGUCGCACAGCCGAGCAUCCCCCCCUACCCCUUCACGGACGAUACGCGACAAUUGAGAGCACAAUCUGCUCCACGGAUUCAGGAAUGUUUGUUUUAGUUGAUGUGACGACCAAUGUUCUCUCUAAUGUUUCAUGUGUGUGAGCAAACGCACAAACUCCCUGAGCACAUGUGAGCAACAUCAGACACGUGCACACUGUGGCCACACCAGCGUCACACCUGUCCCAAACCUGACAUCUUAACAAUUUAAAUGUUUUAUUAAAAUAAUUUUCUGAUAUAAGUGAUUUUGCCCUCCUUCAAUGACAAUAACAAAAAAAACAUGUUUUUCAUGACCUAUGUGCUAGUGGCUGCGGGUCCUGCCUUUAAAAGAAAUGUUACCCCUUUCAGAGAUUACAUUUAGUUCCUGUAACUUUCUGUCUGUAAAAUACAUCUUUUUAUCAGCAUUUAUGAAAUCUAGUGACAAUAUUUCAUGAAUAAUAUCCUUAGAUUAACAUUCUUAAUAAAUGGCAGUAAAAUAAGCACACAUCUGAUUGAGGAGUCAGAGUGUUACAACCUGGCAUUUACACAUUGUGUGGCGGUGGGGUUGUCCGACUUUUUGUGUGGCCAUAAACGCAGCACUGGCUAAGUGCCAUGAGUGCGUGUGUUGGCACAAGUGAGAAAGAGCGAGCGGCUGCUGUUGAUAUAACAAAGUUGCUUUUGGUCUGGUUUGUACUGCAGAAAAUGACCAGUUUUGCUAGAAAUCAUUUUUUUACUAAUGUUUUGGUGAUGUGUGUGUCGGUGCAGGUGAGACAGAGCGAGCGGCUUCCGUUGAUACGACGGAUGUUAACGUUGGUUUAAGUCUGGUUUGUAUGGCAGAAAAUUACCAGUUUUUAUAGAUAAAAAGUUUUUUUUACUCAUGUUUUUGGUGUGGUUACAAACAGUUUUGCUCAAUAAAGUGAUCGAUGGAAUUCCCGUCCGUAAAGUGUCUCGACAGACGAUAAUUGAACUGUGUUGACAAAGAUUGUUUUAUUCAUUGGGGCCACGCCUGUCACUCACAGAGUUGCAUUGCAAAAUCAUACAGAAUAAAUUGUAAUGUGUUUAUUAGGGACCGCAAUGUUCCUUUGGGACAGAGGACCCUAUUGUAUUUUGUGUGUUUUAUUAUUAUUAUUAUUCCGCCGCCUCUUUGAGCUGUAAUUUGACCCCCUUAACAUGCUUCAAAACUCACCAUAUUUGACACACAUCAGGACUGGCAAAAAUUGCCAUCUAAUCAAAAAACCAAACCCCAAAACUCAAAAUUGCGCUCUUGCGCCCCCCCCAGGAAAAAAACACAGACAAAACUGCUUGUAACUUCCGGUAGGAAGAAACAAAAACCUCUAUGUAGGUCUGACAUAGACCUAGAUUUCAUACAUUGACAUCCUUCAGUAAAAAUCAACAGGAAGUUGGCAAUUUCCCCUUCAAAACAAACGUUUACCUCAAACAGUCACUUUUGCCUCUUUGAGCUGUAAUUUGACCCCCUUAACAUGCUUCAAAACUCACAUCACACAUCAGGACUGGCAAAAAUUGCGAUCUAAUAAAAAAAACAACCCCAAAACUCAAAAUUGCGCUCUUGCGCCCCCUAGGAAGAAAACACAGACACAACUGCUCCUAGGAAGAAAACUCAGACAAAACUGCCUGUAACUUCCAGUAGGAAUGUCUUAGAGACAUGAAACAAAAACCUCUAUGUAGGUCUCACUUAGACCUACAUUUCAUAUAUUGACAACCCCCAGCAAAAAUCAACAGGAAGUUUGCAAUUCUCCCUUCAAACAAAAGUUUUGUAAAAACCCCAAAACUCAAAAUUGCGCUCUUGCGCCCCCGAGGAAGAAAACACAGACACAACUGCUCCUAGGAAAAAAACUCAAGAUAAAACUGCCUGUAACUUCCAGUAGGAAUGUCUUAGAGACAUGAAACAAAAACCUCUAUGUAGGUCUUAUUUAGACCUACAUUUCAUACAUUGACAACCCCCGGCAAAAAUCAACAGGAAGUUUGCAAUUCCCCCUUCAAAACAAACGUUUUGUAAAAACCGGUCCCCUUUUUUCAAACAUUAUCUCCUCUGAGCGCGUUUGUCGUGUCGGCUUCAAACCAGCACAGGAGAGAGAUUGAGCCCUUCUGAUUAAAAGUUGACCAAAGAGUUUUAAUUACUGCUCCGGUUUGGAUUUUAUGUGCCGUCAAAGUCGGUCCCGUCCAUCGCUGCUUGCAGCUUUAAUUUUGUUUAAAGUUCAGAUGGGAUUUUUGAAUUCCUGGGUGGCAUUAAUUUGCCGUGCGCAGAGGACGCGUGAGCAGUGCGCAAUUGGGCAGGCGCGCACCUUAGAGGGAACGUUGGUCGCACCCCCGGGAGUCGCAGCAGGAGUCACUGGAUCGGUACUUACAGGUGUGGCCCACGCCGUGCCAGCUUAUUUCUGAGCCUUUUGGCGGGUGUGUUGGACCGAGGACGACACAGGUUGCAACCUGCGGGGUCAUCAGGGUGGGACACAACCAUGCAGCCUCCAUCCCGUCUCUGUUUUUGUUUGUCCUUCCCCGGUUUGUAAAAUAGAUUCUUGAAAAAAAAAGAAAGACACAAGAAGUCAUAUAUUUCUUCAUUCUCCGCAAAGGCUGUGAAGAGGUGCAUAGAAUUGUUGUAAUACGCUGUUAAUGCUUGGAUUGUAUUUUUGAUUAUUAA